AUGGACUUUACGGCUCUCAACAAGCCUAUUGGAUACAGUAAGGCUCCCUUACAAUAUGGCAGGUCUGCAUUGACAUAUACCAAUACCGACAAUGACCAUCCAGUUGAAGAAGGGCAGAUAAAGAACUUUGACUUUACCAAUUUGCCAAUUGAUAUCAUUGAAAAGGUUAUUGGCAAUCUAUCCCAAUUUGAUUUGUUGAACAUGUGCCGUACUAGUCUGCGAAUGUACAGGAUAUGCAGACCAGGGUUAUAUCAUUGUAUAAUCAUUGACCCGCUGUUCAAUAUAUUCGCUCACGAACUUAGAACCGCCGGAGUAACAUACAUCAAGAGUUCAUACAAUUUGAAAGUGUUUUUGAAAAUCCUCAACAAGAACCCGGACUACAGCAAUGAGAUUUAUUCCCUUUCCUGUAAGGGUCUCCCAGGAGCAUUUUUUUGGGAUAAUCUCAUUAAAGACUUUAUUCCAGUGUUUAAAAACCUUCAUCAUUUGCACAAUUUAAUUUGGUUAGAUUACAAUUUCCCAAUACAGUUAUUGAAUCAAUUACCUAAGAAGCAUCUCAUAACAACGUUAAUUCUCAGGUUUGAAUACACAAUCCCCGUGAUAAACACACACACAAAUCAUACAUCAUUAUCCUUUCCCAAUUUAAGCAAUUUUCAAAUCCAGCAUUUUCGAUCGCUGCCAAUCUUGCAGCAAGUGGUUGAUCUAGUACUGUUGAAUGUCAGCGGUGGAGGGAAAGUAAAUGACAAACUACGUGUUUUGUCUCUUGAUUUUAUGGAAUUGGGCGGCAGCAUGGAUAUUUUCCAAAUGGUGUUUGAGAGGAGUGCUUUGAAACAUUUACCCAAUUUGACAUCACUUUCGUUGUUCGAUAUUAGAGUGAGACCGGAGGACGCCGAUACCCUAUCCAAGGCGAUUAAUUUACUGAAUUUGCAGUUCUUUCUAGUGAGGGGAUUUGUUUCAACACUCGAAGACUCGUUCCUAUCACGUCUAGCAUCAAGGUUUCAACGUCUUCGUCAUUUAUCAUUGAAUAUAUCAGGCGAAAGAGGAGAUGCGACUGCGGACUUUGUGCUGAGUCUUCCACAAUUAGAAUCCCUUGACAUCGUAUCUGGAACACAGAGCUCCGUCGAGCUAGCACAAGCAAUUGCAAAACACCACUGCUUGACAAAACUUUCUUCCGAGAUCUAUGAUAUACCUUUGGAAAUGGUUGUCGAUUAUUUGUAUGAUCCUCCAUCUGAAUUCUAUUCGGUUUUAUCCUCGCUCAAUUUAACCAGUCUUCGAAUCAAUAACACAACAAAUAUGAAUGGACUAGUUGAGCUAAUUACGUCACAGAAGCAACUCAAGUUUUUGGAAAUAUUAGGAGCUAAAGCUGGUGGUGCACCAAAUUUGGGUCUUGGCAUGGUCCAUCCCACAGUGUUUGAUAAAUGGUUCAGAGUGCAACAUGUUGCGUUAUUUUAUCUCAAUAUUAAUCCGGGAAUAGAGUAUAUUAGAGUCAAUGAUUGUGUUUUCGAGUGUAAAGACAACAAGACUGUGAACCCGAGAGAUGGGUUAAAUGGUUGGUUCAACGAGAAAGUUAAAACCAAAAGCAUAAGGGAGGGUAUGUAA